AAGAAAAAUUGUUCCCAAAAAAACUAAACGCAUUCUGGCUAAAAUUCUCUGCAUUUUCUUCGUCACAACAACCCUUCUCUGAUUCGUCUUCAAUUUUUGUUUCCAAAACCUUAGGUCUUGCUCUGUCGCUCACUGUGAUCUUUUUCCCCAAUUUGUUCCAUUUAGCGUUGUUGUCAAUUUGCAAAAUCAGGUCAGAUUUCUGUGUUUGUCGUUUCUGAUAAUCUGGAGUGGAGCUAGGUCAAGAUGCCGUGGGUUUCCUUGUUUGUGGAUCACAAAAGAAAUUGUGUUCGCUUGGUGGUGUUUUUUCGUGUGAUUCUGUAAUUUAAUUAGCUCAGGUGUAGUCCCAUUAGGUUGCGAAGCAACUCUUUUCAUUAGGUUGUUCUCCUUUUCAUUUCCAAAGCUGUUGGGGGGACUGAGGAUGUACUUUGCGGUAACAAUAAAGAGAUACCAAGCUGUGAAGGAAGUUGGACAAAUUAAAAUGAGUGUUGGAGUUAUUGGAUACAACCAAUUGAUGCUUGUUUGCCAGGCCGAGUAUUUUCGUCAGUUGCUUAAACCUGUUACGUAGUCUAGCAUUGAGGGACACCGGUUUAGGGGGGGGGAUUGCCUUAUAUUGUACUUCAUCAUUAUAAAGUUGCAGAGAGAUGAAGUUUUAAUUUGGAAAAGUUGCUAUUACUUCUUACAUGGAAAUUGAAAUCACCUUAGCACCUGCUGUUUAGUUUUAACAUUCCUUUAGGAACUUCCUUCCAGCCUUAGUACAGAAUAAUUGCCAGUUACAUAGGCUAAAUCAGCAUUGCUUGCUCGAACGUCAGUCAGAUUGAACAGAUAAUAUAAUGCAAACUCGGGAAUAUUUUCUCCCAGAUAAGAUGGGACUUCCUUUGGCUGAUGAGACCAUUGAUCCUCAUAUGCAUGCUCCACUUGCUUCUACCUUUGAUGCAUAUUUACCUCCAGGUGUGAGGCAGAUAACACCCAUUGAAAGAUUUAAAUUGCUACCCUCUGAGGCUUGCCCCAAGAACUUUGUCAUCUUUGAUCAAACAGAUCAACAAAGCAGGAUCAUGUUCCAUCCUGCAAUGACCUACAAAUUUGACAGUCCUAGCUUACAUGCUCAUGCUACUGGUUCUCAAGAUUUUGAGAAGAACAAAGUCAAUCAAAUGGAAAGAGAAUUGUCAUCUGCUUUUGAAGAAGAUCCUAAUGACAUUGAUGCAUUGUUGAGCAUAGGAGCGGAUGAACUAGAAGACUUUGACGAGGAAGAAGUCAGCACAGCAAGGACUCGUGAAAAAUAUGAAAGUUUAUCCGAUACUUGCUCCAGUUAUUGCUCAAAAUCAAGGAAGAAGAGGUCAUCAUCAUCAUCUUCUGUACAGAAGUCUUCUGGGGCUGGGGGUUACUGCCACAAUGAAGGGAAGCACCAGGAGAUAAAGAGGAUGGUGAGGAUGUUGAGAAAGAUUGUGCCUGAUGGAGGUAAUCAAAUGGAUUCUGUUGCUGUUUUAAAUGAAGCUGUUAAAUACCUCAAGUCUCUCAAAGUUGAGGUUGAACAAUUCAGGGUUGAACCAUGAAAAAUGUAAGUUAGUCAUAUGCUGCUGCAACAGUUGACUACAUCCCCAGCUAUGUUUGUUACCUUCUAUGAAUAGCACCCUUUCUCGCCUUGCUCGCCAUCCUAAUGAGAAGAGGCCAUGCUAUCUGAGUAAUAAAUUACGACUGACAUUUUACUUAUUCUGGUUAUGUAAGAAAAUACUGUCAUAAUUGUACUUUUAGGUUGUGUUUGAUUGUGUUUCUAUGCUGGCUUAUUUCUUAUAGCCCCAAAACUCAAUUUUUAUUAUGAAUGUUAUGUUAUGAAUGUACUAAAAAUUUAUAUGGCUGA